ACAAUCGUUUAUUUGCAUUCACAAUUUCAGAUUCAUAGUUAAUAUCAACCUGGACUUUGAGAGUAGAGACAAACAAACGUCUUGCUACGCAAAAAUGGCGUCUCUCCAUUGCCCGUUCCAAUUUAUUUUAGGGUUUCAUCGUCCCCUUCACAGACCUCAAACUUCCUUCAUUACUUCUACACGCGAUGCCUCUCCUACCCAGUUCAAUAUCAGAUUCAACAACGUUUUGAAUGUAUAUCAAAGACAGAGACUACUACCUAUAUCAAAAUCAAGCACCAAUCCUUCAGGAGGACCAGAGAAGAGCAAGAAUGCAUCAAGCCCGCCAUUAGCCACCAUUUUGGCUGGUAUCUUAGUCUUUUGUGCGGUCUGUUGGAUCGUAGGAUCUAUUGUACUCUGGCUCAUAAGUCUCAUAACUAAUGUCCUGGCAUCAAAAUUAAACCAGUGUGCAUUGUAGUUUGUUAGUUCUUUGGAUCACACUGUGAGAUUAAUACUGAGUUUGCUUAUUUGGCUUUGCUUAAACAGACUCAAAGUUGCUAAUUAUUUCUAACAAUGCUAAGACAUUUGUGGAGUUUCUUGUUAGCUCAAAUGACAUAAUACUUCAUUUUA